UUUAUCAAGCCUACGCCACCGCAAACUUUCAGAAAUAGUCGUGGGAAAGCAAAAAAGUUUCUUAUUUUUAACUAGAAGUGCAGAAUAAUGACGGCCUCCAAUAUCGGCAAUGGCCCGGAGAAGAAUUUCAACGCAAAAGAAGAGCGAAAGCUGCGGAAACCCUUGAUAGAGAAAAGACGCAGAGAGAGGAUAAACUCAAGCCUUGAGCAACUAAAGGGUAUAAUGGUGGAUGCCUACAAUUUGGAUCAAUCUAAAUUGGAGAAGGCUGAUGUUCUUGAGAUAACAGUUCAGCACAUGGAGAACCUACAAAGAGGUCACGGACCAGGUGGUAGUCACAGUCCAGGCACUGGGUUUGAGUCUCGACAAAGAUACGGUAGCGGGUACAUUCAAUGCAUGCAUGAGGUGCACAACCUGCUCCUGAGCUGCCCUGGGAUGGACAAGACUCUGGGUGCGCGUCUGCUAAACCACUUGCUGAAAUCUCUUCCCCAUAUAAGCACUGAGGCUGGUAGCACAAGUUCUGUUGGCACCCCGAGCCCAGUUCCUCUGUCCCCGACCCAUUCCCCUUUAAACCUGCCUUCCUUACAGGCUCACCCUCUCCACCUGCACACCCCUCCAUCCCCUCCAUCUCCUUCCCCACCCUCCAGUCCCACUCACUCGCCCAGAGUCCCACUGAUUAGAGAGAGACCCCGAGAACAGCCCUCUCCCCACAGGUCUCCUUCCCCUCAGUCUCCAGCACAAUUGGCCCUUCCCCAUUUCUUUCUAGGGGCCGAUCCUUCCAUGUGGAGGCCCUGGUAAAUGAAUCUAGCACCCCCCCCAUUUGCCCUCCCCUUGGCCUUCUUGGCCUGCCCUCCUCUACCUAAUAGUUUCCAUUACAUUUGAUCUCUUGAGAAGUUGUAGUCCUUUCCAUUCGGAGGGGUGCGUCAUAUUGGGUUACAAAGUCCCAUGGGGAUGUGUGGUAUCAUUUAAAGCACUGUACUGCAUGCUUAGAAGCAAAUUAUGUUAUGUGCAUGCUUUUAGGGUAUGAUCAUAAAUGACACCAAAGCUGCCCUCAUUGACUGUAUAUACUAGUAUUGCUACAUUACAGGCAAAGUUUAGAUUACCUUACUUUGGUUUUCAUUUUUUUAACAAUUAUAUUUUUACUAGCUGGGUUUUAGAUGUGGUGUAUUUUGUACAUAUAGUAAAAGGGGUUUGUUGAAAUUAUGCAUAUUUCUCUACCUUAAAUGCAAAACACUAAUAGCGACUCAGAAAGGGUAGAAUGGACAAGAUCAUUUGUGAAAAAUACUCCAUCCUUGUAUAUUACAAGAAGUGAGGAGUCUGACUAGUACCUCAUAUUGAAGCAGUUAAAACUGAUUUCCUUUUAUGAAAAAUCAGAACUGUGUAUUGUUUUUAUACUCUCAAAACAUUUGAAAAUGAUGAUGAUUAUGAUAAAGGUGAUUUUAAAAUAAUAAAAUAGACGAUCAGUC